AUGUCAAAAACACCCGAAACGAAACCCAAAUCAAAGCAGUCGAAUCAAACUAUAGACCGGUUUUUCAGUAAGGUUACGAAACCGGUUUCAACACCAGACAAAUCUGAGCAAAAUACAUGUAUCCCCGAUAAUGAUUCAGGGGCAUCAACCCCUUCGAAGGAAUCACCUCCAUCAUGUUCAUCUUCGACGAUUUCUGCAAGCCUCCCACCCUACCCAGAUAUUGCCACGUUAGACGACUCCGAACUGCUUGUGAAGGAAACAAAAAUGAAGAUUUUGACAUGUAAAUGGGAAAAUCCCCACACUUUCGACUUUCCUGCAAGGGACUUUGGAAAUCGUCGACGCCGUUUAUCUGCUAAAUGGCUUCUAGAUCACCCUUGGUUACGAUACAGCAUUCAAGAUGAUGCCCUAUACUGUGGUCCAUGUGUUUUGUUUGGCCGAAAAGAAUGCAAAGAAAAACUUUUCAUAAAUAAAGUUACAGACUGGUCAAACUUACCUGGUUUCAUCAAACGUCACCUUAGGGAAAAUUCACCACAUUACACAUACCAAACAAUGGCCGAGGAAUUCAUACGAAUUUACUCUAAAGAUGGCAAUGAAGAGCCCAUCUUGUAUAAAUUAUCAACAUUUAGAAAGGCCCAAGUUUCAAAAAAUCGUCAUAUUUUGAAGAAAAUUAUGGAAGUACCUCUGCUUUGUGGAAAGCAAAAUAUACCCAUCCGUGGACACGUUCCGGAACGCAGUAAUUUCAUAGCAAUAUUGCAUUCUAUGGCGCAGGGUGAUGAAAUACUUGCUGAACAUCUUUCAGGGAAUCGCAAAACUCUCUACACAUCCCCUGACAUUCGAAAUGAAAUUAUAAAUUUGCUAGCAAACCAAAUCCGAACUGCCAUUGUUGCUGAUUGCAACAAGAGUAAAUGUGCGCUCAUAGCUGAUGAAACCACAGAUACUGCGACUCGAGAACAACUUUCUGUUUGCCUACGUUACUUGGUUCGGGAUCAAGUGAGCAAUGAAAAAUCUAUUAAAGAGGAUUUUCUUGACUUUGUUAUGGCACGUAGCACAAAAGGUGAACAUCUAGCCGAACUUUUGAUUCAAACUCUUCAAGGGGCUGGUAUAGAUAUUGCAAAAAUGAGAGCUCAGGGGUAUGAUGGAGCAGCCAAUAUGUCUGGAAAGUACAGUUGGGUACAGGCAAGAAUACGGCAGGUUGUACCAGGUGCGCUAUAUGUACAUUGCAAAUCCCACUGUCUGAACUUAGCCGUUGUGCACAGUUGCAGUAACAAGUCGAUUCGCAGCGUAAUGACCACCGUUCAAGAAAUUGCAUUUUCUUUUGAUUAUUCAUCAAAGAAGCUACAGGCUUUCUUUGAUGAACUGGAAGCAGACGAGGCAACAAAAGAAAAAAUGGAAAAGAGAACUAAGCUUCGGACUUUAUGUGAGACAAGAUGGACAAGUCGUGCGGAUGCUUUGUUCACUUUCAAGACAUCUUUUCCGGUAGUUGUACAUGCGCUUGAGAGUUUGCACGACCAAGGUGAUGAUAAAGCAGGACAGCAGGUUAACGCAGUUACGAGAUUUGAUUUUAUCAUUGGUCUAGUUGUUGCCGAGCACGUCCUACAAAGCACUGUUCACCUUUCUCUUUUCUUACAGGGAGUCGAAUGCGAUCUACUUGAGGCAGUCAAGGAGUGUAGAGUUGUUGUUGAGAUGCUGAGGCAGGAAAGGGAAGAUGAUUCAGUUUGGGACGAGUUGUAUCAGGUGGCAUUAGAUUUAGCUACACCGCUACAAGUGGAUGAAAGUAUGCCAAGACGGUGUGGAAGACAGACAGGGAGAGCCAAUCACCCAGCUGAUACUCCCCGACAGUAUUGGCGCAUUUCAUUGUAUUAUCCAUUUGUGGAUCACGUUAUUAUGGAACUCGAUUCGCGACUACUUAAAUCCGAGGAUCGUUUCAUGGCGCAACACCUUCUUCCCAUAUAUUUAGAAAAUAUUACCAAUGAACAUAUUGCAGCCAUAUACAAUGCCUUUCAGGACGAUAUCAUAUUGUCUUUGGAAGAGUUUAGGAGAGAAGUUGCCCGUUGGCGCACAAGAUGGGGAUUGACGGCGCAAGAUGAGAAACCGCGCACACUUUGCAGUACAUUAGAUUCUAUUAAUUCAGCGCUAUAUCCAACAAUAGAGUCCAUUUUAUUCAUAUUGCUAACCAUGCCGGUAGCAAGCGCAACUGCAGAGAGGUCCUUCGGCGUUUUGCGGCGACUGAAAACGUACGUCCGUUCCACUAUGAGAAAUGACAGAUUAUGUUUUGAUCCUGAUUUAAAACACAUGGACAAAUCCGAAACCUGGUAG